AUGUUUAGAUUAUUAUUUCUUGUCGUUGCGGUGAAUGCAGCUAUAGAGUUGUUACCUGAGCUGCCUGAACCCGGUGAUUUGGCUUUAUACCUUAGCGAAGAUGAAUUUGAAGAUUAUUUGGACAAAUGGAUUGAUUUGGAACAGCGGAAAUGGAUGAACUAUACAGCGAGCGACGCAACCGUUCGCAGUGGCUGCAGUCUUCGAGUGAAUGGAGACUACGCCCAACCCCAGCCAGUAUUCAUUCGUAGAAGCACCAACACAUAUCUUCAUCCGUUUGACAAUUCUGGAAUUGUGCGACUUAAUUCUGGUGAACAGGUGAUUGUCGGGUGUCCUGGACGCAGAAUUGUUCAUCCCCGCGCUGUUACAACCACGGCCACAGCAACUAUUCAAUGCUCGAGCGGAACACAAAUUACAGGACCUGGUUUCAUUGACGGAAGGGGUGCGUUUAAUCAACUGACUUGCAACAACCACGCCUUUCAUGAAGCUCAGGAAACAAGUCAACGUUGCUAUAAUAAUAACGUUGUUAUUAGGGUAGGAUUUAUAGUAAACAACGUAUUCCAUACAGUCUACAAUUCGUGCUUCGACAAACAACGCUUUGAAGUGCUAUAUGUGUGGAUGCCUAUGGAUGCGUCGAACGCUGUUCACCAAUCUGGUGUAACCAGACCGAGCUGGAUAGCGGGAAAUUUCUUUCCCGGAGUGGGAGCAAAUAAUCUUUACACUCAAGUUCAACAAAAACAAGCUAUAGCUAGGGUAGUAGGAGAGGAAUUAGCCAAUAGAUACGUCACAACCACACAGUUCUUGGCAAGAGGACACCUGGUCGCUAAAAGUGACACCGUAUUUGCACCAGAACAGAGGUCUACAUUUUACUUUAUUAACGCUGUGCCUCAAUGGCAACCUUUCAAUGCUGGUAACUGGAACUGGCUGGAACAGAAUCUUCGAGCUCGUAUCGGUGUCGUUGGAUACAACUGUAUGAUCUACACAGGUAGCUUUGGAGUGGCGUACGACGCAAGCAGGCGUGUCGGAACUGCUUUUAUAAGUAUCAACAAUCCGCACUACACAUUAGCUGAGGCCCGAGCUCUGCAGUUCUGCACAGACAGGUGUCGGAAUAACAACUCCUUCAGCUGGCUCAGGUGGCAACCAGAUCGAGUGGAUCUUGGUUACAGCUUCUGCUGUACUCUCGCUGACUUCAGAAAAGUAGUACCCCACCUGCCAGCUUUUAGUGUUAACGGAUUACUUGCGUAA